AUGGGUGAUGCAGCAAAUAAUUUCGAUCGGUUUCUCCCUCUAUCUGCCCUAAUGGCCAAUCCAGACGCCCUAUUCCAUAACCUUUCGCUAACCCUUGAAUCAGUUUCAUCAUCGUCAAUGUGGAAUAGGACCGAGUUCUCUGUACCAAUCGAUGAAAGUAUCAUUCUUUAUCGUCAUCCAAUUUUAUAUGGGGCAGCAAUCUAUGCUCUUCUACUCAUCAUUAUUGGUACCAUUGGUAAUGUCUUAACGAUCGUUGUACUUCUUCGUCCUAAUCUACAACGAUAUACAACUAUGCGUUAUUUAAUAGCAGUUGCUGUUGCUGAUCUGUGCUCAUUAUAUUCAUGGAAUUUAAAUCUAUUCUAUAAACAUUUAAUCAAUCAUUAUCAAAAUGACCUUGAAGAUGGAUCCAUGAUAGCCUGUCGUAUCGUAUCAUUUAUUGCAUUUGUUAGUUUACAACUUUCAUCAUGGUAUUUAACAUUAGUUAGUGUUGAUCGUUGUCUAAAUAUUUAUUUUCUACUUUGGCAUCGACAAAUCGGUAGAACUAGUUAUUCAAUCUAUAUUAUUUUUAGUGUAACAACAGCUAUUAUUUUUCUUAAUUUACAUUUACUUUUUCUCAAUGGCUAUCAACAAUCUAAUUGUAUUCCAUUUGAAAAACGUACUUGUUUUAUAUGUUAUGCACGUUUGGAAGAUCGAUUCUAUAUAUUUCCAAAAUGGGAAAAAAUUCAUCUUGUCGUUUACAAUUUUAUUCCUUUUACGAUCAUGUUUAUAUCGACUUGCUUUAUUAUUCGUCGUUCUGCAUCAUCCGCAAAUGCACAAAGAAGAUUAACAAUUGACAUGAGAAAAGAUUCACUUCAAUGUAGUAGUCGCCGGCGUAAACAGCGACAAUUAACUCGUAUACUUUUGUCAGUUACAUUUUUAUUUGUUUUCUUAACAACUCCAAUAAUGAUCUACAAUGUUUUCUUCCGGAACCGUUUAAGAAAUCGUAAACCAUUAAAAUAUAUUGUACAGGCAUUGCUAUUAUGUACGCAGUAUACAAGUCAUGCAGUAAGUUUAUUAGAAUUGUUUAUUUGUGAUCAAAACAAAUGA